AUGUCGCCGCAGUUGCUAGUGAUCCUGAGUACCCCAAAAAGAGCCAAAUCGGCAUAUCAUAUGAGCAUUGAAAGAUCGUUUUCAGUACUUGAACCCACUCUCUUGGACACUAUGAGGUUGAGAACGAAAACAAAACCUACUUUGAACUUGACCACAAUGACGCGCGCUCUGGGCGACCCUUGGGAGCGUUGCCGAACCGCGGCAAGUGUCCAGAGUAGUCGUUCGUUGACCCCAUUUCUCAGUCGGAACGAGGAGAAAAAGACAAAAGUAGUCUAUUGUCCUACGCACAACAGCACUACAGAGUCACGAGAGCGAAUCACCGAGCAAAACGGCCGAGCAACUGCUGAAAGAGGGCUACUCUGGGGAUCCGUUGAUACACCAAAAUGUCAGAGAAUGAGGUGGCAUGAUUUCUCUGGGUCACGAGAGACCCGCGCUACUGUGCUUGUCAUGGAGGAGGAUCAAAGAUUUUCGAAAGUGCCGUAA